AUGGCCUCGUCGGCCGGCCGUCCACCGCCUAUGAGCCAUGUUGCCGCAUACUAUGAAAGCCGCAGGGCCGUCCCGCCUCCAAAUUUGAACAGCAGCAACACCAACAAUUACCCCCACAACUACUCCCCUACCAUAUCCCACCCGCGACCAGCACAUCUCAAUCCAAACACGUCGAGUCCGACCGUCCCCUACCGGACCGAACCCAAAAGACUCGGAGGCUCGGUCUCGAGCCGUGAAUCUGGCUCCUCGACCGCCUCCGAAGUCGAUCAAUACCUACAAAAGAAAUCAUACCAGUACAGCCCACAGUUAGAACGUGGUAGAGGGUUAUGUCCGGGAAAAGAGUCGGCCAGACAGUCAUACCAAACAUCGCACAAUGGGUUGAGUCUCCAUCGAGGUAGCCACAUCCAGUCCGAGAUGAUGGAAGAUAAUUCGACCAUCUUCCGGUACAUACAACCCGAAGCCGAAGAGGAAGAGGUUGAGAAUGACCAUGCUCUCUGGAUACUGAUGUGGCUCUCAUUCCUCGACCCAUUCCACUGCAUGAUCAGUGCCAUAUAUUCGAUCUUUGCUGUGUUCAUUAUAAUAUUACUCCUCCCCUUACGACUUUGCCGGCAAGAAUGCUCACCGUCCGUCACGCUCGUACGCAUGAUCGGUCCCAUCUUCCGAAACCAUUUACAAAUGAUCUACGCCAAAUCUUUGGAACACGCACAUACGUUUGAGUUUAGCCCGGCAUGUCUGGUGCUAAUCCACGUCAUCUCACCUCUAAUAAGCUUGGGCAACGCCGUCGCCGCUUGGAUCGUCGCAGUGUUUUGGUUGUUUGCAAUCAUAAUGGGCAACCCAGACGGGACGGAGAAGAGGGAUGACGGUCGGGCCACAGUCCUCAUGUUACGGGACUGGUGGGAGAAAUGCCUUUUGUAUGCGGUACGGAAAUGACGUCUAUAUUCUUGUGCAAGUCGGUUCUUGCUAGCGUUGUCUUGCUUUGGCUCACGAAGGAAUGAAUACUUUUUUUCUCUCCAUGUCCAUAUCCCUUCCAGCUUCAUUCUCUCUCACACUGACGCGGUUUCGGGUUGACUGGUCAGGGCUUGGAGCCUGUAACAAUUCCAGUCUUUGCAUAUCUACGGAGUAUGGAACGCAGGUCACCGUAACCUGAGAUUGGAUAAAGGUCGUCGGUACGCAAGUACCAUUAGCAUUUGCAUAAAGCAGAUUAAACCCUGGAGGGGUCUCCGGUAUCUACUGUUCCUUCUUGUAGAGGUCCGUUGAAGUCGAAUUCCGGCUCGACUCGGAGCGACAAUGAUGAACGCAUACCAUUCCGGUGCAACCG